GCGCCGGCGCAGGCGGCGCAGCCGCGGGGCCGCCGGUGCUGGUGCUGCACGGCGUGCAUGCGGAGGUGCAGAUGGACGCGGAGGCGACGGAGCUGCUGAGGGAGCGCCUCAGGGCGGUGCUGUGCUGGGCCGCGCCGCUGGUGCCGGAGAGGCUGCGCAUCGUGGAGGUGCGCCUGCCGGGCAAGGAGUCCAUGGUGUCGGAGCUGCUGCCCCCCAGGCUCGCCGACGCCAACGGCCUGGUGGAGGUGGUCCGCGUGGCGGCUGGGGUCUCGGCACCGCUGGCGGCCUUGGCGCCCCGCGCGCUCGUGUGCGGGGGCGUGCUGGAGCUGCUGCUCUACCCGUGCCACGACCUGCUGAGGGCGGGCGUCCCCGAGGUGGGCCUCGCGCCCGACCUCUGCGGCUACAGCGGCCGGAUCGGGGAGUUGAAUCGGGCGCGCACCAGCUCGCACCUGGAGAGCGUCUUGGGCGUGGAGGUGCUCGAGUGCCUUCGCACGGCUCUGCGCUGGCUGCUGCCCGACGGCCCGGAGCUGCUGGUGACGCUGCCAGCGGGCCGCAGGAUCGAGAUCGAGUCCCCAGGCGAAGCCAACGUUCUGACAGAGGAUCAGGAGCUCCUGAUUGACCUCGUACUCCCAGUUAACGUUCACGCGGUCAGGCUGUUCAAGAUCGGCAAGGGUUGGAGCUCGGCCCUCAAGUUCUUCGCCUUCCCGCAGGUGGUCUCGGCGGGUGCGGAGGCUACCGGCGCGACCACGUUCAUCAAGAUGGGCACGGCCGACGAACUGGACGGCGAACUCUCUGUCACGCGAUACAUGGGAGAGCUCCUCGGCGGGAACUGCCCGCAGGUGCUGGGCUACGCCAAGCACGACGGCCUGGCGGCCAUCUGGACGAGCCUGGCGGACCUGAGCGACGGGUGCCCAGUGGGCUUCGCGGAGCUCUUCGAUCGGCUCAUGGCGGAGGACGCCGGCUCCGCCGCCCAGCCCGGGCAGACCCUGGGGCGCGUUCGCCGCGCGCUGGACCACGUGUUCUCGGGCCUGGUGGCGCGGCUGCACGCCGCGAAGGCCCGCGGGCUCGAGGAGUUCAGCCUCGCCGACGAGCUCGGCCUGUGCUCCGGGCUCCCGGGCGGGAAGCAGGGGACGGAGGGGGGCCUCCACAUGCGCACGGCGUUCCUGCUGGAGAAGCUGUGGCGCAAGGCUCCUGGGGAUGGGCGCUUGGCGUCCAGCGUGCGGGCGCACGUGGACUCCUGCCUCCUGGAGUCCCGCGCCGAGCUCGAGAUGCUCCGGGAUGCAACCCGAGGUUGGUACAGGCUGUGCUACGUCCACGGCGACCUGCACGGGGACAACAUCAUGGUCGACUCCAACGACAACCACUUCCUCAUCGACUUCGGGAAGACGGGGAUCGGCUUCUGCCUGGAGGACCACACCUACCUGGAGUCCUUCAUCCUGCUGAGCUACCUGGAGCUGCGGGACGACAGGGACCUGCACGAGGCCCUGGACCUCGUCCCUGCGCUGGCGCCGCCAGGAGGGCUCACGGCGGCCUCCUGCGACCCCGAGGCCAUGGACGCGGCGGCCCCGCGGGCGCCCAGCAGCCCGAGGGUACUGGCGGCCCGCCGCGCGGUGGUGCAGCUCCGCGCCCACCUGCGGCGGGGCCUCUGCGCCGCCGCGGCGGAGCUGCCGGCGGAGCUCGGCGACGGCGCGCGCCAGGCGGGCGUGGCGGCGGCCGCGCUGCUCCUCCGGAACUCGCUGUUCUUCCUGGGCGCCCGCGAGAAUGCGGGCAGCCCACGGAGGCGGCGGCUGGCGCUGGCCCUGGCCUGCGCCUACGCGCGCGGGACCAUGACCAAGGACCGUGAUAAGGACGUGCAGCAGGGGCACACGGCGAGACGAGGCGAGGAAGAGCAGCAGUACGAUGGCUGCCCGAGUGCCGCGAUCGGCCUCCUGUGGCACAGGAGCGCCGUGGGAUCUCGGAGCAAGGAGGCUGUCAUUCCAGCUGUUGGCAUCGUCAGAGACGGCAUGGCUUUGGGGUCGAGGGUCAGCGAACAGAGUGAGUUGGCUGGCGGGGAGCUCCUCGUCAGCGUGGAAGGAGACCUCCUGGAGGUUUUCAGCUUCGAGACGUCAUGGGUCGCCAUCCAGAACUCGGCUGCUGUUCAGCGGCAGCUGCUGGAAUCCGCUCUGGAUAAAGCGCAUCCUCCCCCCUCGAAGGACGCAUGCCACACCCGCUUCGAGAAGGCAAGACUGGGAGAUCUCUUUUGCAAUGUCGCCUGCGGAGGGUCAGCCGCGCCUGAUGUGGGGGCGGAUACUUCCAAAUGCAAGAGGUCUCUCCAGUCGGACUCUCAGGCCGAUUCUUUUGAGAGUCAAAGCCGAGAGGUCAGGGACAUGAUUUGCGAAGGCUGGACCACGCUGCUUCCCAAUUUGCUCGACGAUGCUGCAAAACUCCGCACGUGGUCCAGGUAUGUUGACGGAGCUGUGAGUAAGGCAAACCGCGCCCUCGUUGAAGGCUUCACGGCCCCUUACUCGUUGGCCCUCGAUUCCCAGCAACGUCUUGUCACCCGGAGCAAGCAGGCCUACGAGGUGUGCGUGGCGGACUCCAAGUGGUACCACAAUCCGAUUGGAGCCAUUGCUGGGGGCGCCAGGGGCUGGGCGCAUCGAUUCAUGAGUGCGGGCGCGAAGCGGAGCCCCCCCAGUGCCGGGCAGGUCAUCGAGGAGAAGACAAAACAGAUCAAGAGUUUCAUACACAACGCCACAUGCCCAGUAGUCGAUGCAGCGAUCAGAGAAGCAUCUUCCUUUGCAGUCCCGGACGACUUUCUGGACGCCGUCCUCCUCCAGGAUUUCAAGGCAGAGUAUUUGGCGAAUAUGGAGUCUUUUAAGCAGCUCAUCAUGCCCGUGUGCAAGAGCCCAGACGCUGGUUUUGUCAGUCUUUCGACGAAAGUGAUAAAUUUGGGAUUUGAUUUGUCGACGGCUGCAAUGAGCGGGAUCCCUGCAGGCAGCCCCCGGUGCCGCGCCACCCUCGGAGACGCGCGAGAACUCAUCAUGGCAUCUGGCCGCGCAAGCAGGUCCGCUGCGCUUGCGCUCGCCGCGGCGACCGCCACGGCGCUGUGGCUCUGCUCGGCCGCCGCCGCCGCCUUCCUGGCGCCCGCCCCCCCGGCGCUGAGCGCUCCAGGCCCGCCAGCGGCCUGGGGCGCGACGGCCCGGCAGGUUGACUCGGCCAGCUCGGUUGCCCUCCAGUCGCUCCCGGACGGGCUCAACAGGAACAGCCCCCAGAAGCCGUCCUUCUUCGGCAAGCCUGGGCAGGUGGGCGGCAUUCCCAUGCCGAAGAAGCCCGUGGGCGGGGUCCGCAAGAACGGCCGCGAGAGGCUCUCCGACGAGUGGGUGGAGAUGUGCUACGAGUACUGCAGGCUCCACUUCACGAAACCGGGCAAGAUCGCCGAGUGCAAGAGGGGGUGCUACAGGCGCGACACGUACCAGCCCGUGCCAGGUGAGCGCUACUUCCGGGGCAGGGCCGACCGCCCCGACGCCCGGCCUGUUGCCGGCGCCCCGGGCGCAGCUGGCCGCGCCCGCGCCGCCGCUGGGGAGCCCGCCAUGUACGGAAAGGCGGGCAUGCUCGGCAAGGAUGGCGGCAAGGGCUGGGGCGCGGACGGCUGGGGUGGGUGCGGAGGGUGUGACUUCUGGGGCGGCGGCAAGGGCUGGGGCGCUGGCCCAGCCUGCGGGGUGGUCCGGCGGGAGACGCAAGAGGGUACCGGGCCUUGUGAGUCAUGA